AUGUCGGUAUCCGGUAACAUUGAGCAGUCCAGACAAUUUCUCCUCCUCUUAUUUCUGCAAACAACGCACCCAACCGCUUUAUUCAUCUCUCUCCUUCCUUCCUCAAGAGCAGAAUUAUCUCUCUCUCCCCCCCCCCUUCAAAGUUUGUUCCUUUUUGCAGAACCAGCCCUUCAUCGACUUCAAGGUCCGAUCGUCAUUUUCUCGAUCAGUUCAUGUUCCUUGUUUCUGAUCAUCAUUUUCGGUAGUCUUUUGUUGUUUCUGAUCAUCUGGCCUCUGAUCGUUGAGGUUUGUUUGUUUGAUGCUGGUGCAUAA